AUGAGUUGCGUUUUGGCGAAAAGCUAUGGUUUUGUGAAAUUGUUGAUGAAGCCGGCUAAUGGGCAUCUCCGUUUUCCGGCUGAUAGAUUCUCUGCGUUUCACAGUUGCUCCACAACGAGGAACAGAUUCAUGUCCGCUUCUUCCUCCACAAACCCCAUGUCCGCCGAGGAGGCAAACAGCGUUACACUGCUUCCGGCUGUUGAAGACAAGUACGGUGGCGUCGUGGCGGAGAUGACUCAUCCCAUGGAUCCUUCUUCCUUCUCUGUACUUCUCCGAUCCUCUCUCUCUAACUGGACUAUUCAGGGAAAGAAGGGAGUUUGGAUCAAAUUGCCAAGGCAGCUUAUUGGUCUAGCUGAAACUGCUGUUAAGGAGGGAUUCUGGUUUCAUCACGCGGAGAAAGACUAUUUGAUGCUUGUGUAUUGGAUUCCUAAAGAAGAACAUACGCUUCCUCCCAAUGCAUCUCACCGUGUCGGCAUAGCUGCCUUUGUCAUUAACCACAAGAAAGAGGUGCUGGUGGUUCAAGAGAAGAUAGGAAGAUUUCAAGGACUAGGUUUCUGGAAGUUCCCCACCGGAGUAGUGAACGAGGGUGAAGACAUCCAUGAUGGGUCGGUCAGAGAGGUUAAAGAAGAGACCGGAGUGGAUACAGAAUUCGUCCAAAUAUUGGCCUUCAGACAGACCCACAAAGCUUUCUUUGAAAAGUCAGAUUUGUUCUUCGUAUGCAUGUUAAAGCCCCUUUCUUUGGAGAUCAAUGCACAGGAGUCAGAGAUCGAAGCAGCUCAGUGGAUGCCAUGGGAGGAAUACACGAAGCAGCCAUUCGUACAGAGUCAUGAGCUGUUGAGAUAUAUGACAGACAUUUGCUCUGCUAAAGCCAACGGAGACUACCAAGGCUUCACUCCUCUCCGCGUCUCUGCGCCUGAUCUUCAAGGCAACUUGUACUUCAACAGCCGCGACCUCCCUUCCCGCCAUUGA